AUGACACAAACAACCACCCAAACCACCACCAGCAAUGAAGACGUAACCGCCCUCCACUCCAAAGAAUCCGCCUACCCCCUCACCAUCAACUCCCUCCAAAACCUCGUCGCCUUCGUCCACACCCCGGCAGGCCUCUGCGUCGUCUCCAAAGUCUCCCUCCCGGCAGGAGCCCACUUCGCCUACAUAACCUCUCACGAACCCCAACCCUCGCCGAUCUGGAAAACAAUCCAAACCUCCGCCACGACGCACACAGACCCCCAAUCCGCCCUCUUAUACAUGAACCACUCCUGUGCGCCCUCCCUCGAGGUGCAUACAUUCUCCCCGGACCCGACGACGGGGAAGUACCCGCAAUCCCCACCGGGUGGGGACCGCAACGGCGAGAUCCUCGGCGUUGGACCGCAUGGUUUGGCGGGUGAAGUGCGCGUGGCGAGGGAUCGGGGGAUUGCACCUGGUGAUGCGUUGACGUUCUUUUAUCCCAGCACGGAGUGGGAGAUGGAUCGGGGGUUUGAGUGUCUUUGUGGGGCGCCGAAGGGGGUUUGUCUAGCGGAGGUGAAGGGCAGUAAGGAGAUUGAGCGCAAGGAUUUGGGGAGGUGGUUCUUCAAUGAGCAUAUUUUGAGAUUGGCGGCGGAGAGGGAUGGGAAGAUAUAG